AUGCAGCAUGCGGCGUCGUUGGGCGGGAAACGCAUGGAAGGUAGUGUGACUUCGAGGGUGGGAGACGCCUGGACCGCACGACGUCUCCGUAGGGUUCGUCGUGGAUUGUUCGAAGUUGAUAAACGCAUGGAAGUCAAUUGUGGCGCCUUCCUGGACUCCACCGUAGACAAUCGUCACUUCGUCUCUGAUUUGCCCGAUUCAGCUCACGCACAUCUCUCUUCACCUCACUCGUUCUCACUCUGUGCCGGAACUUCACUGCCGGGUCUGCCUCCGAUCUACCACACCGCCAGAGUUCUCAAGGCACAGUCGAAAUACGUUUUCGAUGUCAAAGAUCCAGAGAAACACAUUGUGCGUUUCCAUUUUCACCGAUUCAAUACACCACAAUUGAAUCUCGUUGGCUCUCAAUUUCACGUUUUGGUUAAUGGGUUGGUAGCUUUGACCAAUUUUAGUGGCGGGAAUUCCUUGGGUCCUAAGGUUGUAGAAUAUAUGCUUUGCGUUCAUUCAGAAAAGCUUGAAAUUACUUUCGUUCCUGCUGGGAAAUCGAAAUUUGCUUUUGUUAAUGCAAUUGUAUUGAUAUCUGCACCUAAAGAUUUGAUACCGGAAACUGCUCAGUCUUUGAAUGGUGAUAAUCUCGAGAAUUUUGAGGGUUUAAAUCAACAAGCAUUUGAAGUUGUGCAUAGGAGCAAGAAUGCUUCGAUUCCUAAUGCGAACCUUUCGUGGGAGUUGCCGGUGACUGAGGAUUAUAAGUAUCUUGUCAGGCUCCAUUUCUGUGAUAUUGCUAGUGUAUCCCUUGGAUUGUUGUUUUUCAAUGUUCAUGUUAACGGACAUUUGGUAUAUAAGGAUUUGGAUCCCUCAGCCAUUACGAAUUACAUGUUGGCUUCUCCGUUUUAUCUGGAUUUUGCGGUCGAUGCUGAUCAUUCUAGUGUUGUGAAUGUAGCAGUUGCACCUUCAAACAAGAGCAUGGCACACACGGUUGAUGCUAUCCUGAACGGUGUGGAGAUCAUGAAGAUAAAUAAUUUGAUGGGUAGCUUCGAUGGUAAGGUGCCGGCGGAAUCAGUUUUGAAGUGUUGGCCAAGAAGAAAAAGUGGUCACAUUCUGCUUCCUUUGACUGCUCUUGUGUGUUUGUUGCUGAGCUUAUCAGUGUUCAUGCGUAGGAGGAUCGAUAAGGCGGAUUCUGUGCCGUGGUCGAAGUUGCCAAUGGACGUCCCUGAAACUACUCCAAAGCAAUGCAAGCAACAAUUGGCAAGCAAAUUCGGAAUACAGUAUACUAUUGGUGCUCCCAACAUGUUGAAAGAUUCUUUUGGGUUUGAAUUUGAAGCUUGUGAAGUGCUUUGUGUUUGCUUUCACCAUAAUAGUUUGUCUCUCUGUGUUUCCAUAGCUGCAAAAUCUAGUGCGGCGGAUUUUUGGAACAAGAGACGGUAUGUUAGGGAAGCGAAACAAGUGCAGAACAUGGAAGGACAAACCCCAGAAGAAUCACCAAACAUGAUCGGUUGUAAUGGUGAUAGAGAAUUGGAAAGCCUCCCUCACCGGUCUCUUACAGAACUUGAGUUACCAAAAUUCACUAUGGAGGGAGACCCGACUUGA